AUGGGCUUGUUCCGCCUCCGUCUGAAUUGUAUUGAUCAUUACCAAGCGCUACCAAGUAGGCAUGAUCCGCCACUUCGCAAUGACACCCAGGAAGCCCCGCCCUUGAAUGCCACCAGAGUUCCCGUUAUUCGGAUAUUUGGUUCAACCGAGUUCGGCCAGAAGGUUUGCGCUCAUGUGCAUGGGGUAUUUCCUUAUCUAUAUGUGGAAUACGAUGGCGACUUGGAUCAAGAUGCAGUUGGGGCGUUUAUAUACCGCCUACACCUCUCCAUAGAUCAUGCGCUGGGCAUAAGUUACCGACGCGAUCAAUAUGGAGACAAGGUGAAGUAUGUUGCGCGGAUCACACUGGUGAAAGGAAUACCAUUCUAUGGGUACUCUGUCGGCUAUAAGCCCUUCCUCAAGAUCUACAUGUUCAAUCCUCUUGUGAUGACACGGUUGGCGGAUCUACUUCAGCAAGGCGUUAUCUUGAAGCGAAAGUUUCAGCCCUAUGAAGCACAUCUCCAGUAUCUCCUCCAGUUCAUGGUCGACUACAACCUAUAUGGAUGUGAUUAUAUCGAAUCGUCGCAAACGUAUUUCAGAUUUCCAGUUCCUGCACACGAUGCGAAUAGUCCCACGUCUUCACAUUCCUGGAAUGAGCACACUGUUCCGGCUGCGUUCGUCACGAAUGAACUCACACUCCCGCGAGAAAGUUAUUGUUCGAUUGAAGUCGAUAUCGCUGCCCAAAGUAUCGCCAACAGAGGAAAGGUCCAGGAGCGACGACUUCACCAUGACUUUACCGAGUUUAUAAACCCCCCAGCCGGGGAUUUAAAGCUUGUCUCUAGUAUGGCUGGACUUUGGAAGGCCGAGGCUCGAAGGCGCCAACGUCAAAUUCCAUCCGACAAGACGCUUACCCAGCAUUCCGGAUCUUCUUUUCCACGAGAGGCCCUAGUGUCGAUGUCGGCGGCGGACUCUCGAUUAUCCCAACUGCAGGCUUGGAUGCAUGAAGAAGAGUAUCGCCAAAAGGUAGAAUUCUUGAUUUCCAAAGAAAGAGAGCAAUGCUACGAGUCAGAGUUAAGCCUAGAUACCUUUUUGAAACCGUUACUCCAGGAAAGCUCCAUUAAAACAGCGUUACAGUCUGUUGAAGAUCUCUACCCUUAUAAUAUAUUGCCUAUACUUGGGCUCUCUCCCAAUGCAGCACAGCCAAACAAGGAUCCUAGUAGCAGUAUCGAGGUCGAUGAAGCGAAACUUCAGCUAUCUCAGCUAGAUGAAGAUGACCUUCUCGCAGCGGAUUCGGAUGCAUCCGAUUUAGAACAAUUAGAACAAGAGAUUGGAAAGGAGCAUGGGGAUGAACCAAUGAAAAUUAUCGAUCACUUGUCACUUAACCCCAGGAGGGUGGAAUUCAACAAAAAGUCCGAAACUGUGGGAUUCAACAUGCGGAUCCUAGGGGUUGUUGAAAGCGGUUUUUCAAUUGGCCAGAUCCCACGAAUCCCGUUACCAUCUAGGCUUGUUGAAGCAGCGCAGCGCAACCACCUUACCCAUAAACGUGGUGGAAGGGCUGUGACGAGUCAAGGGAUCAAAGCAGUCAACAAACGGACGGCAUCGUGGCCACCGAACGACGACAACUUUACCAAAAAGGCUAAACAUAGUGCUGCAUCCGCGGAGAAAUCCUCGUCCCUCUUAGGAGGCGCAGAUGAACCAAGCUUUCUUUACCAACCACAACCUUUGUCUCAAUCUACCAGCAUUCCCCGGUUAUCGCAGCGCAAUUUCAAGGAGGAGGGAUCCAAAGCUUUUGGCCACGUUGUGACUUAUGCUAUCCCUCCACCCUCUGCUGCCGAUGUUACCUGGAAUAGCGAACAUGACCUACCAGAAGUCAUAUACCAGGAUGCCUUCUAUAGCAAUGAGAAAGACCUUUCAUUGCGACGGCGGGAAUAUGCCGGUAAGGAGUUUCAGCUCAUCAGUGAUACCCUACCAUUCCUACCCGAGUUUGACCCAACCGGCAAUUCUUCACAAGUCUGGAGCCAAAAUGCCGAGACAGGGCUCUCCCAGAAAGUUCGCAUGAGGCACGCAGACCAGCGACUGAAGAAGCUCUGCUCGUGGAGAAGCUGGGAGAUUGCGCAACCCCCUCCUUCAUACGAAGAAGUUGCCGGGUGGUUGGUUCGGAAUGAUGCUGCCGCCGUCACAACACCCAAACCAAAAUUGAGCCGCCCAUGGCUCUCUCAAAUAGACGGGCCAACGCCAAAGUCCAAGUAUGACUUUAAGUAUAGCCAAAAACAACCUUCAUCGGCUGUACCGCAUGAGGCUCAAUACAUGAGCACGAUGAGCCUCGAAAUUCAUGUAAACACAAGAGGGAACUUCGUCCCCAAUCCUGAGGAGGACGAGAUACAGUGCAUUUUUUGGCACUGGAAAGACGACGAGGCAAUGGGUAACGCUGCACGUGAAUUGCCAGGAUCAUCCAAGUCUGGGAUCCUUGUUCUCUCCCACGACGAUGUUCUAGCUAGCCAAGUGAGAAACGUGGUUCCCGACGAAGUCUUUCAAGAGUCAUCAGAGUUGGAUCUACUUAAUCGAAUGGUUGAGAUUGUCAGAUUUUAUGACCCAGAUAUACUAACUGGUUACGAAGUCCACGGGGGCUCAUGGGGCUACCUAAUUGAACGGGGAAGGCUAAAGUAUGAUUACGACCUUUGCAAUGAAUUUUCCAGGAUGAAGGCACAAUCAAAAGGCCGUUUUGGAAAGGAUAGCGAUCAAUGGGGCUUCAAUACGACCUCGACGAUUCGGGUAACGGGAAGGCACAUGAUCAAUAUAUGGAGAGCCAUGCGUGGUGAAGUAAAUCUUCUCCAGUAUACCAUGGAAAAUGUGGUAUGGCAUCUUUUGCAGCGUCGAAUACCACAUUAUUCGUGGAAGUCUCUCACGUCCUGGUAUCGCAGCGGCAAAGUGCAGGACUUGACCAGGCUUCUGAAAUACUAUCGGACACGGACUAGACUGGACCUGGAGAUUCUUGAAUCCAACGAACUAAUCUCGAGGACUAGCGAGCAGGCAAGGCUUCUUGGCGUCGACUUCUUCUCCGUGUUCUCCCGUGGCUCGCAGUUCAAGGUUGAAUCUAUCAUGUUUAGGAUUGCAAAGCCAGAGAACUUCAUCCUAGUCUCUCCGAGUCGAAACAGCCCUCUGCUUGUGCUUGAUUUCCAAAGUCUGUACCCUAGCGUUAUGAUUGCGUAUAAUUAUUGCUACUCGACUUUCUUGGGGCGCAUCACGGAUUGGCGCGGUAAGAAUCACAUCAAUAUCGCUCCAAAUGGGAUGAUGUUUGUGAAACCCGAGGUUCGGAGAUCUCUGCUCGCCAAGAUGUUAACGGAAAUCUUGGAGACGAGAAUAAUGGUCAAGAGCGGGAUGAAGCAAGACAAAGAUGAUAAAGCUCUACAGCAGCUGUUGAACAACAGGCAGCUUGCCUUGAAGUUGCUCGCUAAUGUCACCUAUGGCUACACGUCGGCCUCGUUCUCGGGUCGGAUGCCGUGCUCGGAAAUUGCGGACAGCAUUGUACAAACUGGCCGCGAGACGCUGGAGAGAGCUACUGCUUAUAUUCAUUCGGUGGAGCGAUGGGGCGCCGAGGUGGUGUAUGGAGAUACUGACAGUCUUUUCAUCUACCUCAAAGGGCGAUCAAGAGAUGAAGCUUUUGUAAUCGGACAAGAGAUUGCCCAGGCCAUCACAGAAAGGAACCCGAAACCAAUCAAGCUCAAAUUCGAAAAGGUCUACCACCCUUGCGUACUACUUGCCAAAAAACGCUAUGUUGGGUACAAGUACGAGAGCAAGGAUCAGGCAAAGCCCGAGUUUGACGCCAAAGGGAUAGAAACUGUCCGCCGUGACGGGACUCCGGCGGAGCAGAAAAUCGAGGAGAGGGCCUUGAGGCUCCUCUUUGAGACGUCAGACCUGAGCCAAGUCAAGGAUUACUUUCAGAAGCAAUGCGAAAAGAUGAUGCGUGGCAAAGUAUCAAUUCAAGACUUUUGCUUUGCCAAAGAAGUCCGUCUCGGUUCCUACGCUGAGAAUGGCCUACCACCUGCAGGAGCAAUGAUUAGUGCAAGGAAGAUGUUGCAAGAUGCCAGAGCAGAGCCGCAGUAUGGCGAACGAGUCCCGUAUGUGGUAAUCACUGGAGCGCCAGGUGCUCGGCUCAUCGAUCGAUGUGUCUCGCCAGAGGAGCUUCUCCGCAACCCUCACUGGCAGCUGGAUGCAGAUUACUACAUCUCCAAAAACCUGAUACCUCCGCUGGAGCGCAUAUUUAACCUUGUUGGCGCCAACGUGAGGCAGUGGUACGACACGAUGCCAAAGAUACGGCGCAUUCACCGGACCCAAGGGGCGGGACAUAAGAAGCGGACGUUAGAGGCAUACAUGCAGUCGGUAAACUGCAUGGUCUGCGGAAGGAAAAUCGCCGGCACCACGGAGUCAUCGCUGUGCCGCUUCUGCCUUGCCGGGAUACCUGCCUCGCUGCUGGCGCUGCAAUCGAGACUCACAGAAGCGGAGCGCAAAUACGACGAGACACUACGUGUAUGCCAAAGCUGUGAAGGGAUCAGCCCUCUGCAAGAGGUCACAUGUGAUAGCCAUGACUGCCCCGUGUUCUGGACUCGCACGAAGCUGAAGACCAAGAUGCUUCACGAGCAAGCGGUGACGACACCCAUGAUCAACGAGUUGAAUACCAAGAUGGGAGGCGUUUCGCUGAAUUGGUAG